UUAACAACAAUUAAACGUCAGAAAUCUUAACAAUGCGAGCUGUUUUAACAGGAUUGAUUUUGAGCCAAGUGUUCAGUCUAAUAGUUGCAGUAUGUGUACUGGAAUCAGAGUUCGGAUUUAUCUUGAACUGCAAUUUUAAAAAGUCUGGACUUUUUCGAGUGAGAAACUUGGGUGGAUUAAAAGCCCAUUUCGGACUGGGCUUUAGCUUUGGAGAUGAGCUGGGUUUCCAAGAAUCUCUAGGAAACCUCGAAGGAAAUCGAAGACGAGCGUUAAAUUAUAAAACAGGCUUUGCCAACAAGGUUGGAAGUGCUUCACCAAAAAUUGAUACCCCAGUUAAACGUCAAUCGGAAUUAAACAGUGUUCGAAGCUUCAGUCACAGUCAAAAUCAUAAUCACCAGCAAAAGCAAAAUCUUUCAUCAAUGACAGAAGUCAUGUUCCUACCACUUGGUGUACCCACAUUCAGACCCAUUCCAACAGUAGCAAGCUCAAACAUUCGAAGAUCGGAUAUGCUUUUACCAACAGGAACUACUGCAAGUACAUUUUCGGAAAUGCUACAAAAUCAAGAUAAUGAAACAGACACUUUUCCAACAAAUGAUAUGAUAAAUUCGUUUACUCAUAAAGAAGCAAUAAAUGAUGCCUUGAAAAAUAUAACUCUAAACAUGGAAGACAAACCAUCAUCUCCAAAUCGUCAAACUAAAAUUGUCCAACAAUCAGAUUCUUCAAACAAAGUGAGUCAACAGAGAACCAAAGGAACAUCGACUCAAGUUAUGAAUGCUCCAAAAGAAUACUACCCAUCUGGCUAUGAUAAGAAUUUCGACGACAACUUCCGAUCUAAGGUCAAUCUUCCGGCAAACGAUUUUACAUGUUCCGAACAGAAAUAUUUCCCUGGAUUAUAUGCCAAUAUUGAUCUUGGUUGUAUGGUCUUUCAUGUGUGUGCUAUUACAGAAGAUGGUAUUGUAAUGAAGUCCUUCCUUUGUCCCGAAAGUACACUGUUUGAUCAAUCAAUUUUAAAAUGCAACUGGUGGUUUUAUGUUGAUUGCAACAAUAGCACGUAUGAUUCAAACAUACCAGUUGCAAAGAGUUAUCAACUUAUGAAAUCGCUUUCUUAUCUAUCGAAUAUAACAAAAAAUUAAAUCAUUCAUAAAAACCAAACAAGAAAAUAAAAAAAAAAAAAAUACUUAUGUUAAAAAAAUUUAAUUUAAUUCAUGAUUUGUUAGUUAAUUUUAUUUUGUUGUUGUAAAACUGGGUUGAUGUUAAAAGACUU